UUUAACUAACCAAACUUCCACUGCCAAGUCGCCCACUUUUCUUACACCGCACUUUGGUCUCUUUUCCCGAAAUCAUCGUCGCCAGCGGCCAGACCAUGAGGCGUUUGCCAUCGGCGCGAACCACCGGCGGUUUAGGGGUGGCAGCGAUGUCCUACGUGGCGGUGGAUUACCUGCGCCACCUAUCCCCAACUUGGCACGAGCGUCUACAGCCAGUACUUUGGUCUGUACUAGCUCUAAUCGCCAUUUCUCGGGUCCCUGUCUACAGGCACUGGUCCUCCGAGGUUCGAGCUGCCAUCCCAUUUGUUGCUUCCAUGUUCUUUAUGCUCGCCUCUCUUCUCUUCGAGGCCUUAUGUGUGCGCUUCGCCACCGCCGUGCUUGGCCUGGAUUGGCACCGUGAUACAUCUCCUCUUCCUGACACGGGCCAGUGGUUGCUCCUCUCACUGAAUGAGAAACUUCCUGAACCAUUGGUUGGGAUACUGAGGGCUCGUAUUAUUGGACUGCACCAUUUCCUGAUGUUAUUUAUGAUGCUGGCUUUCUCUGUGCUAUUUGACUCUGUAGAAGGCCCUGGUCUUGGACUAGGAGCAAGGUACAUGUUCACCAUGGGAAUUGGCCGUUUACUUCGGGCCAUUACUUUUGUGUCGACUAUCCUUCCAUCGGCCCGGCCUUGGUGUGCUGCAGCUCGGUUUUCAGUUCCAACAUACCCUCAUCAUUGGGCUCAAAAGUAUUAUGUCCCUUAUGCCUCUGAUGCUCAUGCUAUUCGUCAGAUAAUACAAUGGGAUAUAGCUUAUGCUGACACGGGGGAGUACCAGGGUGAUUACCGUCCGGAUUGGGGUUCAAUGAGUUUCCUUAUAGAUUUCUUGCGACCAACUACACAAGGAUCAUGGUACAGUCUUCUGAAGAAAGCUGGAGGUGGCUGCAAUGACCUCAUUUACAGUGGUCACAUGCUUGUUGCCGUACUAACAGCUAUGGCUUGGACGGAAGCUUAUGGAGGUUUUAGCUCAGCUUUCAUAUGGCUGCUUGUAUUACACAGUGCACAAAGAGAAAUACGAGAACGACAUCAUUAUACUGUAGACUGCAUUGUGGCCAUAUAUGUAGGUAUCCUUCUGUGGAAAAUGACUGGCUAUAUCUGGCCAACUAAAGACGUCACGAGAAGUCGAAAACUCUUGAAGCUUGAGAAAAUUCAGAGUAGAUUAAUGCAAGCUGCAAAAGACUCGGACAUGGACGAAGUGAGAGAGCUACUUAAGGAGAUUGAGUUAAGCAGCCAAGAGAGCCAGAACAAAGGCCAAAGCAAGUCUAUGUGGUUGUUUGCUUGUGUGACGAUAUUCUCAGCGCUUACAAUCGUCCUUCUAGCCUUCACUUUGACGAGCGAUGGGUGAUCUUCUAACAAUUCUUCCCACGAGUUUGAACAUUCGAAAUUGUAUGCGCAUGUAAUUUGAACAUUGACAGUAGAAAUUGUCUGAAAUUCAGUUGAGAUAGUUUAGUGGAUGCAGCAUCAUAGUUGAAAUCUCUGUGACCAUGUCUGUGGUGCUUGGAUUUGCAAGUACUCAAAACAUAAUUGAAAGAGUGAAAAUUUUCUGUAAACAAUAUCUGGGAAGAAGUUUUUGGAGGUAAGGAAUGGAUUUUUAAAGUAUUGUUUAUUUGCA